CGGGGGCGUUGGGAGGGGCCGGGGAGGCGAGGAGCGUCCGAGCCAGACGCGUCCCAGCUCCACUCGCCCAAGAGAGGCCAAUGGCUGCAGACGGCGCUCUGGAGCCGGUGGAGGAACCCAGCCGUGGUCAGGAAACGCGUCAGCCGGGCGUCCCCACGUGUGCGGAUCCGGGUCUGAAUGUCGGGGGGCCUGGAGGUGCCCGGACCCUGCUGGGAUGCGGGACACCCCCUGUCUGCACUGAGUGGGGCUGCGAAAAGCACCAAGAACCCCCCCCGGCGAAUGGGGGCUGGGAUCUCCUUCCCUCAUCAUCGCUGGGAGCCAUGACUGCCCCGGGCUCCUGGGUCUCCUUCCGGCCGCUCCCCAAGCUGACCCUCGGCCUGCUGGCCAUCAUGACCUUCUCCUUCCUCAUCCACCUAAGCACCCGGUUCCCUACUGCAAGGCAGAGGCUCCCCUCCCCAAAAGCAAUGGAGGGGUCCCCGCCACAUCCUAUGGAGCGGGGCAUGUGGACUGUGAACUCCGCCGGGCGCCUGGGGAACCAGAUGGGGGAAUAUGCCACCCUCUAUGCCUUGGCCAAGAUGAACGGACGCCAGGCCUACAUCCUCCCAGAGAUGCACCAGCAGCUGGCGCCGCUCUUCCGCAUCACCCUGCCCGUGCUGUCCAGCGACGUGGUCCAGAACAUCCCGUGGAAGGACUACGGGCUUCACGACUGGAUGUCGGAGGAGUACAGGCACAUCGAGGGGAAAUACGUCCGGCUGACGGGCUACCCCUGCUCCUGGACCUUCUACCACCACCUCCGGCAGGAGAUCCUCCAGGAAUUCUCUUUCCACAACCACGUCAAGGAGGAGGCCAACCGGUACCUGGCCGGGCUGCGUGGGCAGCGCCGGAACGUGACCUACGUGGGCGUGCACGUCCGGAGGGGGGACUAUGUCCAGGAGAUGCCCAAGUUCUGGAAGGGGGUUGUGGCGGACAAGGCCUACCUGGAGAAGGCCAUGGGCUACUUCCGGGCCAAGUACCAGGAGCCGGUCUUCGUGGUGACCAGCAACGGGAUGGAGUGGUGCCGGGAGAACAUCGACGCCUCACAAGGGGAUGUGUAUUUCUCGGGGGAUGGGAAGGAGUCGUCGCCAGGGAGGGACUUUGCUCUCUUGGCCCAUUGCAACCACACGAUCAUGACCAUCGGGACCUUCGGCAUCUGGGCUGGUUACCUGGCUGGGGGGGAGACCAUCUACUUGGCCAACUACAUGCUCCCCGACUCUCCCUUCCUCAAGAUCUUCAAGCCCGAGGCCGCCUUCCUGCCCGAGUGGAUCGGGAUCGACGCCGAUCUCUCCCCCCUGCUCAGUGGUACGACUGGCUAAAGGAGCUCAGCCAGUGGCCACAAGCUGCCAACAGGAUCCACCCAACAGGACUUGGCUGGUUGGUGGAGGACUGGGCACCUGGGACCCCUGGCUGGUUCUGGCUGCGCUGGGGAGAGCGGGGGAGAUUGGAGCUGGGCUGGUGGGAUUCAGAGCCCCACGUGGAGCAGCCAGUGACCUAGACCGGACUCAUAGGAGUCUCGAGUGAUGGGACCCUCUCGGUCUGUUGAAUGGUUAGAGCAGAGGGGAGCGGGGGCUGGGAGCCAGGAGUCUUGGGUUCGAGUCCAGCUGCAGAAGGUGAUGAGUGGGGUCUGUGACGGGUUGUCGUCCCCCCCACCCUGAUGUACUGGGGUACCACUGAGCCCACCUGUUCCCCCAGCCUGGGCUCCCUUACACCGUCCUGCUGAGCCAGGCCCUCAGGGCUCCUCCAGCACACACAGGUAGGGACACCCCCAGCCGCAGAAAGUCACUGAGAUCAGGUCUGCGGGGGGAGGCUUCAGCCGGGGAAGAGCCCAGCACUCCAGGGCACACCCCCUCUGGGGUGCAACCCCCAAAUUGUGUUGCUGGGCGCUGCAUGGAGACCCGCCCAGCGAAGCUCGUGGAGUUCGCCCCCUCCCGCAAUGGGGAGGAAGAGCUGCCCAGCGUUUCGCCCCCCGGUUAGGAAGUCCACAUGUUGGUUUUAGAGAAAACAAAACAAAGCUUAUUAGCUGCAAAAGACAGAUGGGACGUGAUGUGGCAAAUUGCCAGCACUGCUCUGAUGGGUCCCGCGCUCGCUCUUCUUGUGGGGGUGUUCAGGGCACCGUUUCCUGCCCCGAGCUGGGGUAUUAACUGUCCCACUAGUAUCCCAGAGAAAGGGAGUGGAGAGGGAGGGGCCCAGCCCAGCCCAGGGAUAGUGGCAAACCACUUGAGCUAAGGGUUCCUCCCCCUGGGCUACUUCCCUCUCCAGACUUCAGCUUGUGGGGCUUCCUGCCCUCUCUCUGCUUGGGCAAGGUUUCUCCCAACCCCUUGUGUCUGUAGAGUCCCUCUGCUCUGUACAAGCCGGGUGUCCCUUUACUUAGGGUCUUUCCCAUCACAGCACUUUGCCAAGCUCUCCUCUGCUUCCCUCCAAACCGUUCCUUGCUCCAAUGCCUCCAAACCACUCCCUGCUCCAACUCCAACUCCUCCAAACCGCUCCGCUCCGCUCCACUCCAACUCCUCCAAACUGCCCCACUCCAAUUCCUCCGAACUGCUCCCUGCUCCAACUCCAACUCCUCCAAACCACUCUGCUCCAACGCCUCCAAACCGCUCCAUGCUCCAACUCCUCCAAACCGCUCCAACUCCAACUCCUCCAAACCACUCUGCUCCAAUGCCUCCAAACCGCUCCCUGCUCCAACUCCAACUCCUCCAAACCACUCCCUGCUCCAACUCCAACGCCUCCAAACUGCUCCCUGCUCCAACUCCUCCAA